GGUUGUAUCGAGUUCUCUAAAACCUAAUCAAACCUCUCUAACAAGUUUCUGCAUGAACACACCAUAUCCAAAUGCAUGUUUCGACUCUUUAAAACUCUCCAUCUCCAUCAACAUUAGCCCCAACAUUCUCUCUUUCCUCCUUCAAACCCUCCAAACAGCUCUUUCCGAGGCCGGAAAACUCACCGAUCUUCUUUCCGGAGCUGGAAUCUCCAACAACCUCGUUGAGGGACAACGUGGCUCUCUUCAAGACUGCAAAGAUCUUCACCAGAUAACUUCUUCCUUCUUGAAACGAUCAAUCUCCAAGAUCCAAGACGGUGUCAACGAUUCACGAAAGCUAGCUGACGCUAGAGCGUACCUGAGCGCCGCUCUCACCAACAAGAUCACUUGCUUAGAAGGUCUUGAUACAGCCUCUGGUCCUCUAAAGCCAAAGCUCGUGACCUCCUUCACGGAAACUUACAAACACGUAAGCAACUCCCUCUCCGCUCUACCAAAACAGAGAAGAGCCACAAAUCCGAAAACCGGCGGCAAGACUAAUAACCGCCGGUUACUUGGGUUAUUUCCUGACUGGAUCACUAAGAAAGAUCACCGGUUUUUAGAAGAUUCUAGUGACGGGUAUGAUGAGUACGACCCGAGUGAGAUCAUCGUGGUUGCUGCCGAUGGAACAGGGAAUUUUUCGACCAUUAACGAGGCCAUAAGCUUUGCUCCGGAUAUGAGUAACGACAGGGUGCUGAUAUAUGUAAGGGAAGGUGUGUAUGACGAGAACAUUGAGAUUCCGAUCUACAAGACUAAUAUUGUUCUGAUCGGAGAUGGAUCCGAUGUUACAUUUAUUACCGGAAACCGAAGUGUAGGAGAUGGAUGGACCACUUUCCGAUCUGCUACACUUGCGGUUUCGGGCGAAGGAUUCUUGGCGAGGGACAUGAUGAUAACGAACACAGCAGGACCCGAGAAGCACCAAGCGGUUGCCUUACGUGUGAACGCGGAUUUUGUGGCCUUAUACCGAUGUGUCAUUGAUGGUUACCAGGACACACUUUACACCCACUCAUUCCGACAAUUCUACCGCGAAUGCGAUAUUUAUGGAACCAUUGAUUAUAUUUUUGGGAACGCGGCCGUGGUCUUCCAGGGAUGCAACAUCGUUUCAAAGUUGCCUAUGCCAGGACAAUUCACUGUAGUAACUGCUCAAUCACGAGACAGUCCCGACGAAGACACCGGGAUCUCGAUGCAAAACUGCUCCAUCCUUGCAUCGGAUGAUUUAUUUAACAGCUCAAAUAGAGUAAAGAGCUACUUGGGACGUCCGUGGAGAGAAUUUUCAAGAACGGUUCUAAUGGAAUCUUAUAUUGAUGAGUUUAUUGACGGUUCGGGUUGGAGCAGAUGGAACGGUGGCGAAGAACUUGAUACCCUUUACUAUGGGGAGUAUAACAAUAACGGGCCGGGUUCUGAAACGGGUAAACGGGUUAACUGGCCGGGUUUUCACAUUAUGGGUUACGAAGAUGCCUUUAACUUCACGGCAACAGAGUUUAUCACCGGUGAUGGUUGGUUGGGCAGUACUUCAUUCCCUUAUGAUAAUGGAAUUUAACAACUUUUCUUCUACAAAUGUAUAGAGAGUUGUCUUCAUAUAAAUGUCUAAUUACAAU